GAAACAAUACAGAUCUCUACCCUGUCAUCUCUUGCACACUGCUAUGCAUGGCUUUGCAUAGCAAAGCCAUACACUAAGUGUGCUUACAGUGAAGCACACACAGUAAAACAGCACAGAGUUAACCCUUUGAUCACCCCACAUAUUAACCCCUUCCUGCCCAGUGCCAUUAGUAUAGUGCCAGUGCUUUUUAUUAGCACUGAUCACUGUAUUGGUGUCACUGGGGAUGUCAGUGACACCAAGUCAGUUCCCCCCAGUGUCAGAAUGCCUGUCGCAGUCCCG